AUGGAAAUAGAGUCUGUAAAGGCUCAUAUAAUAAACAACAACCUCAAAGACAACGGACGUCAAACAUUCCUCUUCGUAGGAAUCUUCCCUGACGAGGUCUAUGCAAAACUGAAGCACCUACCCUUUACCUUCUCUAUAACUAACAUCCACGAAAUGGACGAACAAAUAGAAGACAUAGUUCCGUACCCCUCCAACACUAUUGCUCUCAACUGCCAUACAUUGAAAGACUUCGAAGAGGCCAUGUUUAAAAUCGUUACUUUACCAUACUGGCACCCUCUUGCAAACAUCAUCCUAUUAUACCACUCAGAAUACAACACCGACACAUUUGCGAAGAUGUUCUAUGCGUUUUGGUAUUUUAAAGCUAUUAACGCUAUAAUACUACACUACAAUGAUGAGAAACAAGAAAUAUAUCUAUCUCAUUUUAGUCCUUAUAUUAGUGAAUACUAUAAACUUCAAAGUACAUACGGUUGCUGGACCGUUAAGAAGAUAACUAUGCCGAUCAGUAGUUUGGAUGGCUUGACUUGUGAAACUGGCUGUCACAAUGUAACAGUUAAUUCAAAACUCCGGAGCAAUAACCUGGGAACCUGUCUCGGGUUCAGCACUAUUACUCUCAACUAUCGAAACAUAGAGGAAGUUAAACAUCAUAAUUUAUUCGAAGACAAAAGUGCUAACUUCCAUAAAUACCCUAUGGCCGCUUUUGCCAUAAAAAUAGACCCAUUCCUUGAUAUAAGAUCAAACAACGGCUCAUAUACUCUUCACCACAGAGAUGGAAAAAUUUGGAACACAAUAUCUGGUCUAAUGAAUUUCACCAUAGAUAUAUCUAUGAACGAACCGCUGUGGAAGCACGACUUCGAUUACAUUAUGAACAUGCAGGAGUUUGUGGCCUUCACGCAGCGGAAGAAGGAUUUGGUUCUGUUACCCCUUUACCAAUUUGACGUGAUGGUUGUGGAGUUAGACAAUACAGUGCCCAUAGAGGACAGUGGGGUAUGCUUCAUGGCGCACCGUGCCGGCUUCGAAACCGUCGUAUUCGAUUUUAAACUGUUCAAAAGCAAUUUGAAGUUGAUUGGACAAUUUUUCUUCUGUUUCUUGUUUACCUGGCUGGCAUAUAUCAUCUUUAACGUAGAACAGGCAAGACGUAUUACUUUCGAUCAGGUAGGGAAAGAUCUAGUUAACUCGUUCAGAACCAUUCUGUCCAUGGGUCCCCAUAAACCGCCUAAACGCGGUUCCUUCAGGAUAUUCCUUGGCAUCGCCAUCUGGAGUUUCUUUGUCAUAAAUUUUUCAUCGCAGGCGGCGAUAAUUUCGUUCUUCUCCGUCUAUAAGAAGGGGAGAGAGACAGACACGUUCGAAGAUAUCUUGGAGAAAGAUUAUGUGAUUGAGGGCAUAUCUUCUCCCGAUGUGGUGCUGCCGGAUACGGAGGAAAAAUUCAGAAGGAUCAAUAGCAAGACCGUCGCCGUCCAGAAUAUGUUUAUCUGUCCUAAUCGGAUGAAAAACGAUAGCAGGAGAUUUUGCUUGGUGGAUUGUGCUUUAGGAAGGUUCAUGGAGCGUAAUAUGUUGAACGAUAGAGGGCAGCAAUAUCUGCAUAUUGCACGACAAGACAGAAUCCACAGCCACUACUUGCAAAUGAUUAUGCACAAGCAUUCGGUUAUGACAGAGAGGUUCAACAGAUACAUGCAGUGGAUAUUGGAGGCUGGAUUAGUCAAUAAAUGGAUAGAUUACAGAUUCAAUGAGAUUAAGGAAGAGGCACCAGUUAAAGCGAUAGCGAUGGACGAUUUGAAAGGAAUCUUUCAAGGAUACUGCUUGCUCCUAUCGAUGUGUUGCGGUGUGUUUUUGAUAGAAAUCGGACUAGGGCUUCUUCGUUGGUGCCGAUAUAAAUGUAACAAAGAGAUCACUUGUUCGUAA